GCACGCUUAGACUCUUGGGAGUUGUAGUACGAAUCCAGCUAGGGUGGAAACCAUGGCGGUGGCCAAGGAGCUCUUACAGAUGGACCUGUACGCUCUGCUAGGUAUCGAGGAGAAGGCGGCGGACAAAGAGGUGAAGAAGGCAUAUAGGCAGAAGGCCCUCUCCUGCCACCCAGACAAAAAUCCGGAUAAUCCCAGGGCAGCUGAACUCUUCCACCAGCUUUCUCAGGCCUUGGAGGUGUUGACUGAUGCUGCGGCCAGGGCUGCGUAUGACAAGGUCAGGAAAGCCAAGAAGCAGGCAGCAGAGAGGACCCAGAAACUUGAUGAGAGAAGGAAGAAAGUGAAACUUGACCUGGAGGCCCGGGAGCGGCAGGCCCAGGCCCAUGGCAGUGAGGAGGAGGAGGAGAGCCGGAGCACCAGGACGCUUGAGCAAGAGAUUGAACGCCUGCGAGAAGAGGGUUCCCGGCAGCUGCAGGAGCAGCAGCGGUUGAUCCAGGAGCAGAUCCGCCAGGAACGGGAGCAGAGGUUGAGAGGAAAGCCAGAAAAUCCUGAAGGCAAAGCGACCCCCAAGCUAAAGCUGAAAUGGAGGUGCAAGAAGGAGGUCGAGUCGGAUGGUGGCUACUCCAGAGACGUCCUCCUGCAGCUUUUUCAGAAGUAUGGAGAGGUGCUCAACCUGGUGCUGUCCAGUAAGAAGGCAGGCACCGCCGUGGUGGAGUUUGCGACCGUCAAGGCUGCGGAGCUGGCUGUCCAGAAUGAAGUGGGCCUGGUCAAUAACCCUCUGAAGAUUUCCUGGUUGGAGGGACAGCCCCAGGGUGCAGUGGGCUUCAGCCACCCAGGACUGUCACAGGGCCUCGGAUCGCUCUUCCUGGAAGUGCCUAUGGGUGCAGCUAGUGGCUGUGGAUGGGCCAGGCACUUGGCACAGAGCGGUUCUGUGUGGAGCAGUGGGUGCUGCACGGUGAGGCCAGGGCUUCCUGGGUCCCUCCCGGAGGCUCGGACCUCCCGCGACAGGUAGGACAGGAGCCGCAGGUGCCCGGCGCUCGGUCGGGCGCGGAGGCGCACGCACCCGGCCUCCUUCGCGGCCCUGGAGGCGCCGGGCUGGCCAGAGCUCCCCGAGUGCUGGGACCCGAGCAGAGUCCGGUCUCCAGGCUCCCUCCCAGCGGCCCGAGGGGGCGUGUCCCGGGCGGCUUCCGGGUCCAGGCACCCCCCCUACUCCCCCCACCCGGGAGGGAGGCGCCUCGGUGCUGCCGCAGCCCCCUCGGCCCGGCCAGCGCCAACUCCAG